AUGUCCCCAGAUGUCCCCAAUGCCAUCCUGGAGUCGCCGCAGCGGCAGCGCCCCCUGGCGGAGAUUUACCAUUGGUUCAGCCGCAGGUUCGGCUUCUUCCGCCACAACACGCGCACCUGGAAGAACGCCGUGCGUCACAACCUGAGCCUGCACAAAUGCUUCGUGCGGGUCGAGGCCGCCCGUGGCGCUGUCUGGACCGUGGACGAGGCUGAAUUCCGGCGUAAACGGGGCCAGCGUUACCCCAGGGACUGCGAGCUCAAGUAUUUCAUGGCACCCCGGAGCUGAUGGGGAACCCCAAAACCACCUCAAAGCGACCUCAAACCACCCCAAAAUCACCCCAAAACCACC